GACUGACCUGUCUUAGUGGAGUUGAGAGGUCUAUGCUUGGCUCUUCUCCAGUGGGGAGUUUUCUCCGAAUGGAAGCGGGUUGUUUUCAGUUCCUCCAGAAGUUAUGGAGACUCAAGUGCAUCUGUGUGAUAAUCUUCAGUUUAUGUGCUGUAUUCUAUGUCUUCAUGAUGAAAGGACAGCUAACCGAAAUCAAACUGGGGUGGGAUGAAACUCCAUUGUCCUUGAAGCUUUUGCCAGAAGAAAAAUACAAGUCCAUGUUCUUGUUUGAUGGAAUUUGGCUAGGACCAAAAAACCGCUGCGAGUGUGUCGGAGCCAAAAAGCUGACAGUCUAUCAGUUGGGGAACUAUAUUGAUAAGGAUAAGCUUGCUGCUGUCACAGAAAGGCGCGAGAAGGAAUUUGUGGAUUAUCAGCGAAGGUAUCCCUUCGAGACAAAAGAUGUCCUUAUUGCUCAGCCAAACACUCCUUUAAGCUAUCCGAUUCAAGGAGCUGAGGUGAUGCCUUUGCACACCAUGGUAAUUCCAGGGCUUGGUUUCCAUGGAGCAAGUACAGAAAACCUCCAGGUGAUCCUACAAGCUUCAUUUGGUGCUCUCAACACCCUGGCUGAUGUAUCCCAAGACGUGGUAGGUGGGCGAGGGGAAAAGAAGCUGACCAUCUCUACUCCCCAUGUGAAGCUACUGAAUUACAUCCUGGAACACAUCACGUACACAAGCACAGAGUAUCUACUCGAUGUUGUGGAUCUGGUGACAUUUACCAUGGGGACUCAUCAGGUGAGGUUUCCUGUGACCAUCCGACAGCCGGGCCUUCCUAAGCUGUUUGACCCAGGACCAGAUUACAACAUCAGCAAUAUGGUGACCAUCACAACCAAGACUUUCUUGCGCUACCACAAGCUUAGGGUCCUCCUUGAGAGCAUACGGCAGUAUUAUCCGAAUAUGAAGGUCAUUGUGGCAGACGACAGCGAACAUCCUGAGAUUAUUCAACAAGCCAACGUUGAGCAGUACAUUAUGCCCUUUGGAAAGGGCUGGUUUGCUGGAAGGAACCUCGCCAUCUCUCAGGUCACGACCAAAUACUACCUCUGGGUGGAUGAUGAUUUUGUGUUCACCGCAAACACCAAGAUUGAGAAACUAGUGGAUGUGUUGGAGAACAGCAACUUGGAUGUGGUCGGAGGCAGUGUUGGUGGCAAUGACUACAAGUUUAAGGUAAUCUAUGAGGAAGGAGAGGACAGCAGUUGUCUGCACAUCCGAUAUGGCUCUUACCACCGCUUGAAAGGCUUUCCCAAUUGUGUGGUCGCCAGCGGCGUAGUCAACUUCUUCCUUGCUCGUACUGAGGAGAGCAGGCGUGUUGGGUUUGACCCUAAGCUGCAAAGGGUGGCUCACUCAGAAUAUUUUAUGGACGGACUGGGGAUUUUGCGAGUCGGCUCCUGCAAUCAUGUUGUCGUCGGUCACCAGCCACACCGCAGUGCGAAAAGCACACAAGAGGCUGACGUCGAGAAGACUUACGGCAGAUUCCGAGCCAAUACUCAGGAGCAGGUCCGGUUCAAACUGGCUUUACAUUACUUUAAGAACAGGAUGAAAUGCUACACCAAGGCUUGACUGCCGUCUUUCAACUCUACUGUUCCCUAAUCUCCUAGAGGGCAUCUUUCAAGUGGCAAUGGGCUCACCUGAAGGGACUCUCGAUUAUCUUGGAACAAGCAACUGACUGGAGCCACAAAAGCGGCCCAAACCCACUGAGUGAAAAUCAGAGCUCUUGCUUAAUCUUUUGUGGGACUUCCCUGUUGGGGGGUUUCUUGCAACAGGACCCUACUGUGAAAUGCGUAUUUAAAGUGCCAUGGAUCUCCACAAACACUCUUCUUCCACUGAAACGCCUGUGUGGUGAGACGGCGGCCAUUUUUGUUAUCUGCUCUGUGUUAAAGGCAAUAUAUGAAAGUUGUAUGCUGUGCUAAAGUGGAAUUUAGUUCCUCUACGGACUUUUAACCCUGGCUGUUUUUAAAGCCAGCUCAAACCAUGAAGCAAACCUGUGAAUGCUGACCCAUCUUUCCUUUCCACUCUGUAUUUUAUUUUAGGUUGCUUUUUUAAUGUUUUUUGUGCAACAGGAGGAAACUGUGUUGAAGGGAGUGAGUGCAAGCCCCUGGUCCUCUUAAGAGCAUAAUUAUCAGCUAACUGGGUUGAAAGAGAUUAAAAAGGGAGUCAGCUGUGGGCCAACUCCAGUGGGGACAACCUCGAACGGGAGACACCAAAGGGAACCACUCCUUUGGGGAGACAUGGGGCAGGAACAAGAAUCCAUGGUACAUUUUUGUGGUAGACAGCCUUAAUGAUAGGUGGAGAGGAGUUUGGGGCUGCAUAUGGGUUCUGCGUGAGAGUCAAGCCCCUGGUGCAAGUGGGAAGGUUAUUGGCUAAGGAGGGGUAAGGAGCUAGUUUAGAGUGAACUUUGAGAUGGUUAGACCCUUUUGCACUUUUAACGGGGCAGUUGUUCACUUGCACUCGGGGGCACAGUAUCCUCCCACAGAGUAGGAUACUAUUAUUUUGUCCCUCCCGUAACUCCUAACUGGGGAGGGUGGGAAGAGCUUCAGUUCUCCUUUGGUGGAGUUGAACAGUUGCGUUGGAGUGGAGAAAACCAAACACAGCAAACAAAAGACAAAAUUUUGGGUCAGAGGGAACAGGUAGGGAAGAUCCAGUGGUCUUGAGGAAGAGAGCUAUGGAAAGGGCAGUAGGCGACAUUGUCAUAGGAGAGUGGGAAGCCAGACUCUUGAUGUUGGUUGUCCCUGUUCAGCUGCACUCCCAGUAGACUUUAGUACCUAUGCUGACCUGGU